AUGUACUACGAUAGCCAUUUGACAGACCAACCGAAUUGUCAUCAAACUCAGCCCAACUCUUCUAAAAAACAAUUUCAUCCCAUCAUGUCAAAGCCAAAAGUGUACGUUGUUGGAGUGGGUAUGACUCCAUUUACCAAGCCCGGAUCGACCGGUAAAGACUACCCAGAACUUGUGAAAGACGCUGUAACAGAAGCUGUCAAUGAUGCUGGUUUACAAUACAAAGAUGUUCAACAAGCCUUUGUGGGAUACCUGUUUGGAGGUACUUGUUGUGGGCAGAGAGCUUUGUACGAGAUUGGCUUUACUGGCAUACCUAUAUACAAUGUGAACAACGCUUGUUGCUCGGGAUCGACCGGUAUAUACUUGGCAAAACAGGCGAUAGAAAGUGGCAAUUCAGACGUUUGUUUGGCAGUCGGUUUUGAGAAAAUGGCAACCGGUUCCUUGGAUAAGAUGGGCAGUAACCCGGAUGGCAGGGCUCAAUCGAAUGACUUUCAUAUUAAGGUAGCUCAGAAUGCUUAUGGAGUAUCGAACUCUCCAGUUAACUGUCAACUGUUCGGAAGUGCUGCUAUGGAGCACAUGGAAAAGUAUGGCACUAAACGGGAGCAUUUUGCCAAAAUUGGAUGGAAGAACCAUCUUCAUUCAGUCAAUAAUCCGUAAGUUUGGUGUUAUAUCAGAAGUAGCUUAUAUUUACCUCGAAGUUAGUUCAUAGCUAAUUUUUUGACUAGUUUUUUUCGAAACUUUUAUAAAAUUUUAAAAGCCAAUUUAAAAAAUUAAAAAAAUUAUGAAAAAAAUGUUUAGAAAGUCACAGUUCACCAAGAUGUACACAUUCGACGAAGUCUUGAAGGCUCGCAAGAUCCACGGUCCUCUUGGUCUUCUCGAAUGUUCUCCGACUUCAGAUGGCGCAGCUGCUGUGAUUCUGGUCAGCGAGAAGUGGCUGAAUCAGAAUCCUCAUCUUCGUACUCAAGCUGUCGAGAUUGCGGGUAUGGAGUUGGCUACAGAUAUGCCUGGAGCUUUCGAGAAGUCGUGUAUCGACAUGGUCGGCUUCAAAAUGUGUCAGACGGCUGCCAAAAGACUGUUUCAGAAGUCAGGCUACACCCCGAACGAUGUGCAAGCUAUCGAAUUGCACGAUUGCUUUGCUCCGAACGAGCUGAUUACCUACGAAGGACUGGGGUUAUGUCCGGUCGGUAAGGCCGGAGAACUGGUCGAUCGAGGUGAUAAUACUUAUGGAGGCAAAUGGGUCAUCAACCCAUCUGGAGGUCUGAUUUCGAAGGGACAUCCAAUUGGAGCUACUGGUAAGUUUUGAAAAUUUGUUUUUAAAAACAGCGGGUAGAAGGGGGUGUGGUUAAUAUAAUACAGCAUUGUUACUUACAGCACCAUUAUAUACUAUACCCACAUAUAUUACUUAAUAUUUUCUGAACUUUCUUAAUCAUUCUCAAUAUCAAAUCUAAAAUUAGACCAAUCUUUCUUCAGGAGUAGCCCAAUGUGUUGAACUGUCGAACCAACUUCGUGGUCGUUGUGGUAAACGUCAAGUGCCAAACAUGAAGUUGGGUUUACAACAUAAUCUUGGUAUUGGUGGUGCUGUGGUCUUGGCAUUGUAUCGUCGUGCUGAUGGGGGAGUAUCUCCAUAUAAUGGUGGAUUUGCAACCAGCCGGCUGUAGAUUCGACCUUGUUUUACAUUUUGUUUGUUGUUUUGCGUUUUAGUUUACUUUGUAAUGUUAUUUUGGAGUUGAUAUGUAGUUAUUGCAUAGUUAUUGGAAAAGUAAUAAAUUUUUAAAAAUAUUUUAAAGUUUUGGUACUUAUUAUAUUGUUAUUGUUGUGUUAUUUGUUCGGUAUUGUACUGGAACUUAAAUUUUAUUUUUUUGUCAGAAGCAGACGCGUAGCGUUGAGGAGUAAGAUAUUUGAGGUUUCCACUCACUUUGUCGAUAUAUAACCGCGCGAUCAAUAAAGAAAGAUUGAGUGAAACUACAACAAUUAUAGCGACCAACCUUUGAUAACAAGAAAUUAAAGCGAGGAGCGACCGGUGUCCAUUGAGGGCUGUAAUCAAUACUUUUUACACUGGUUAUAUUGUUUUUACUUUUCUAAUCACUUGUGAUUGGACACAAAACCCAAAAAUUGAUUAGAAAGCAAUUUUUGGUCAAAUUUUUCUUCUGGUGAUGUUGUAGUAGGGUUGUAGUAUGGCUUAAAACAGUUUUUAAGAAGAAUAUUAAUAAAAUUAGGACUAUUUUUGUAUUAUUAUUGCGGAUAUUUAUCUUAUAAAACUAUUUAUUACCUUUUUUACUGUUUUAAAAAUACUUCCAUUAACAACGUAAUCUUUAGUUCACCAUGUCAAAGCCAAAAGUGUAUGUAAUUGGAGUAGGUAUGACUCCCUUCACCAAGCCCGGAUCCACUGGUCAGGACUACCCAGAGAUGGUGAAAGAUGCCGUAACAGAAGCCUUGAACGAUGCUGGUCUACAGUACAAAGACGUUCAACAAGCUACAGUAGGCUACUUGUACGGUGGCACUUGUUGUGGCCAAAGGGCUUUGUACGAAAUCGGGUUCACUGGCAUACCUAUAUACAAUGUGAACAACGCUUGUGCCAGUGGAUCAUCUGGAGUGUUUUUGUGUAAGCAGAUCAUCGAAGGAGGUAACGCUGAUGUGUGUUUGGCAGUGGGUUUCGAGAAGAUGGCCGCAGGAUCGUUGGAACAGAUGCAGCCAUUGUUAGAGGAUAGGACCUUCAGUCAGGAAAAACAUAUUCAAGUAGGUUGAUCAUGUUAUUUUAAGGUUUAUUUUUAGAAGCAAGUUAUUUAGCUAUUUUCAAGCCAUUCUAGUUAUUUUAGGUACGCAUUUCAAACUUUUUUGAUGAGACAAAAUAUUAAAAAUUUUAAAAAUUAAGUUAAAAGCUUAUGUUUUAGGUAAUGAACGACACUUAUGGCAUCGGACCAACUCCGAUCAUGUGCCAAAUGUUUGGCCAUGCUGGCAAAGAACACAUGGAGAAGUACGGUACUAAAAGAGAGCACUUUGCCAAGAUUGGAUGGAAGAACCAUCUUCAUUCAGUCAAUAAUCCGUAAGUUAUGUCACUGUAAAGUCAAAAAAUAUUUUUAAAUCUUAUUUCGAUCUAUUUAUUAGAUGCCGACAUAAAAAACCCGCCAUAUAUUGGAAAGGAAACCAUUUGUCAUUUACUUUAACCUUUAGAAAAUCCCAAUUCCAAAAGUACUAUUCAUUAGAACAAGUACUGAAAGCCAGAUCAAUGCACGAAUGUUUGGGUCUAUUAGAAUGUUCACCGACUUCAGAUGGCGCUGCAGCCAUCGUGGUGGUUUCUGAAAGAUUCUUGGCAAAGAAUCCUCAUCUGAGAGAGCAAGCUGUGGAGAUUGUUGGUAAGUUAUUUUAUGACGUUUGAAUUUAUCAAAAAUCCUACUUUAAAAUUUUUUGAGUACUUUUUGUCAUUUCAGCAUAAUUUUUUAGGUAAUAAAAACAUAAUUUUUCAUUUAUAGAUAUUUAGGUAAGGAAAACGUAAUUUUUCAUGUUUAGAUACUGAUGUGACUAUAAAUAUUGUUUUAGGUAUGGAAUUGGCUACAGAUGAGCCAAGUGUUUUUGCCGAAAAUUCAAAUUUGAAAAUGGUUGGCUUUGACAUGGUAAAGAAGGCGUCAGACAGAUUGUACAAGAACACUGGAAAGUGCCCCAACGAUGUUCAGGUAUCAAUAUUAAAUCAUUUUAAAAUUAAAUCACUGGAUUUUUAACGACAAUCUUUCUCAAAAAAUAUAUUUUUCAAAUUUAAAAGUUUUAAAUUUUAAAAAAAUAAAAUAAUUUUAGGUAAUAGAACUACACGAUUGUUUCGCCUCCAACGAGUUGAUAACGUACGAAGCCAUCGGACUAUGUCCGAUAGGUAAAGCUGGAGAGAUUGUUGAUCGGGGUGAUAACACCUAUGGUGGCAAAUGGGUCAUCAACCCCUCUGGCGGUUUAAUUUCGAAGGGGCAUCCGAUUGGAGCUACAGGUAACGAAUUCAGCCUUUUUUAAAAAUGUUAUUUAAUUUUAAAAUGAUUUUAAUUUUCAAAUUUUAAUUUCUUAUUUGUUUUGAAAAAUUUUAAAAUUUUGUUUUUGUUAUGUACUUCCCCCAUGAAAAACAUGAAAAUGAAAGCUAAAUUAUCUGUAACUUUUAAGACAACUAGGUAUAAAAUUUUACUUUUUCAAGAUAAAAAUGCUUUUUUAAGUUAAAUUUAGUAAACAUUGUAAAGCAUGUUAUCAUAUGAUUACUCGACUGCACAUGGAGUUCUUAUCAGUAAUGAAAAGCGCCGGACUGUUGACCGAUUAAUGGUUAAUAUCGAUUUUGAUCAAAUACUUGUUUUACAAAGCGAUACUUUUAAAUUUUGUGUUAUUUAUUGUAAAAUAUUGGGUGGUCUAUAUUUUUAAUUAAAACGGUGACCUUGUCAUGAUAAAUGAUAUUGGACAUUAUAUAUCAUACAACAAACAUGCUUACUUUCAUUAGGUUCAAGUAAUUCUGUGCUAUCUCUCAAAGCUAAUUUUACUGGUUAGGGGGCCCAGGAGUAUCUGAACAACCUAAUAAUUACUCUUUCAUGUCUUGAUGUGAUAAGCCUUUUCUAAAAAUUUCUCUUUAUUAUAAUACAUUAUAAAAUUACUUAUACUUACUCUACCAUUCUAGGAGUAGCCCAGAUCGUCGAGCUCUCCAACCAACUUCGCGGUCGCUGUGGCAAACGUCAAGUGCCUAAGGUAAAGUUAGCCAUGCAGCACAAUAUCGGAAUUGGUGGUGCUGUCGUAGUUGGACUGUACCAAAGAGCUGAUGGUGGAGUGUCUCCAGGCCAAGGAAUAACAUCUUUGAGUGCGUUGGGAGUGGAUGGAGUUGGUGGAGGGGCUGGAGGCAACGGAGGUUCGGGUUCUGAGUUCAAAUCUGAUGUUAUCUUCGAAGAAAUCAAGAGUCGUGCUGGAGAGGUAAGGAGUUUGAGGACACAGUUAACGUUCAUAAUUAUAUAAAUAGUAAUAUAGAUAUUGUUGAUGUUUAUAAAUCAAAAUGAUUUUUUGAAACUUACUAUGAUAAUAGGUUCUUCAAAUAAUUCCGGGCUCCUUAUAAAGGCAAAUUGUUGGGGCAAGGGGGCCCAUAAUUAUCUUAACAAUGUAAUGUUAAGUAUUAUACUCGAUGAUUGAAUACUGUAAACAUAUUACAGGAGCCAGACCUAGCCAAACAAGUAAAGGGCUGUUUCCGCUUCACAAUCACUGCUGAUUCCGGUAAGAAGAAGUCGUGGACCGUGGACAUGAAGAAGGCUACACCGUACAUUGGCACAGAAUCCGACGCUAAGCCAGAUGUGGAGAUUCUGAUUAAGGACGGUGACUUUAUCACAAUCAGUCAAGGCAAGCUGAAGCCAGACCAAGCCUUCAUGCAAGGAAAGAUGAAGAUCAAGGGUAACAUCAUGAUGGCCAUGAAGUUGAAGACUAUCUUGGAUCCUAGCAAGCUCAAGGCCAAAUUGUAA